AUGGAUGAGGCCUCGAGUGAGGCAGCUCUCGGGCAUGACGGUGCCAGCAUCGUCAAGAUCCGGCAGCUUCUCAGGACGAAAGAUGACACUCAGCGAUUCGUUGGAUUAGCCCUGCUCAAAUCAGUCCUCGACAACUCUCUCGAGCUCCGCCGUGAUGUCGAUGUUAUCCAGAGCCUCUGGGAGAGCAUGUCCGCCAGCUUCCUCGACAGGCUCCUGCGCACGGGCUCCAAGCCGUCGAGAAACAAUGCGAAAGAGAUGCUGGACCUCGUCGUCUCCGUCCUGCACACGUUUGCCUCCCUUCUGCCGCAGGAUUUCAAGAGCGCGCCCAAGUUUACCGACAGGAUACCGCGCUUGGUCGGUGCACUGCUCUACAGCUCCGGGGAAACGACGGGGCUCUUGCUGGAGCUUCUGCAUGCUUUGGUCACCACUGCGAGCGGCGCACAGGCUCUCGUCAGGAUCGAAGACCUCAGCCCUCUCACCGAGAUCGCGCCCUCGCACGCCGUAGUCUUGGAAAUCCUUCGCUUCGCCUGGCUCACCUCCAUGACUGUCGUCGACGACAAGGCGGCCCUGUCCGAAGAUGUGGAUGAAAACAUGCAGUGCCUCGUCUCGUCAUUCACCGGUACUGAUGGCGUGACACUCUUGGAAUUCACCGGUGCAUUUCUUCGGCAGGCAGAUCCAUCGGUCCUUCCGGUAGUCCCAAGAUGGCUCCCGUCGCUGGUUGGCUUCAUCAAGGGCCUUGUCGUCAGCCGGCCUUCGCCCGAAGCGAGAUCGGCCUACACGAUCGCGGCCGCCUCUCUCCUUCAAGCAUAUCCCGCCGCGGCCUCCAAGCUUCUCUUCACCGAUGAGCCAAAGGAUGGGAAGCCGUUUAGCUACAUGCUCAUCAGCCUCAUCCUCAUCGACAUACGCUCGUCCCUCCCAACACUCCUCGAAAGACUCAACGCUCCAGAGGAGUCCAAUGCAUGUCGGCGCUUGGCAUCUGGGUUCGAUGUUAUUUGCAUCUUCAUCGGCUACCUAGUCCAGUCGCUGGAGGACGAGUCGUUGGAAACAUUCAUCAUGCCGCCGGACAGCCUGCUCAAGAUCAGGACAAGCAUUUCGGAGACCAUGUCCGUGACGGCCGAGUACCUGCGCGAUCGGUGGGACGCUUCCUUUGCUGGCGCGAUGGGUCUCCAUCCCGAUGCGAGAGCCGGCGCUGUGGACACGUCAACCGGUUCGCACCGAACCUUGGCGUGGGACUCGAUCACCGACAGAGCGGACGAUGAUCCCUUCGUUCUAUCUGCCAUCCGAGCCCUGGCCCUCUGGCUGAGGGAAGACGAGAAUGAGCUGUUGCGAAAGGAGGCGACGGGCCUAAUCGACUUGCUCAUGGACCUCUAUCGCGGCGCCAUGCUUGACAAGCUCGACUUUAGGUCUCCCGCCCUCGUCGCCCUCGAGGCUCUGACGACGCUGGAAGAAGGUCGCCAAAUAUUCCUGCGCCAUCAAGGGUGGGAGAUUCUGAGCAAAGAUCUGUCCGGCAUGCUGCAAGGUAUGGCGACGACCAUGUCGGACGCCGACUCGUCUCGAGCCAUCGAAAUCGCCCGCAUCCUCGUCCACGUCGUGGAGCAGUCCCCCAUCGGCACGGAGGAGGAGUGGAUGAACCUCGUCACCACCGUUGCCGGCUGCGACUUCUCCGGUCCGGGAUCCCUUUCCCCUCUCGCCUCAGAGUUCCGGCUUGCGGCUCUGCAGCUCUGUUGCACGCUGCUCAUGAGCUCGACGGAAAUGAUGGGGCGCAGAUUCAAGCACUCCAUCAUCGCAAUCAAUGGCAUCGCAGCGCAACUGCGCCUGGCAAUAGGGCCAGGGGGUGAAUUGGGAGACGAGAUGGAAGACGUCUUGACGACGCUGAAUUUGUUGACAAGGAGAUAUGUUUGA